AUGGUCUCCUCGCGUUCCUUCCACUCGCUGGAAAGCCUCUCCCUGGCGGAUCGAGUGCUUUUCAACCAGUUCAGCAGGGGCCCGAGUGAUGUGAUCCCCUACCACGUCGUCCACCACGCCUUCGAAUCCAUCGCCGCGGCGCAUCCCGACGUCACCGCCGUCCGCCACUACGAUGGCACGACAAUCACAUACCGCGAGCUCAACCGCCGCGCCAACAUCCUCGCCAACGAGCUGCGGGGCACCCACGGCCUCAGGAAGGGGGACCGCGUCGUGCUCGUCUACUCGCGCUGCAUCGAGAUGGUCGUCUUCAUCCUCGCCGUCCUCAAGGCCGGUGGCCAGUACGUCCCCCUCGACGGCGGCAUCAUCCCGGAAGACACCCUCGGCUACGACAUUGCCGACUCCGGCGCCCCCGUCGUGCUGUGCCUGCCCAAGUUCAGGGAGAAGGUCCUGCGCAGCAUACCUGACGACAGGCGAGAUGUGGUGAGAGUCGUCGACCUCGACGCGAACAGCUGGCUGUGGAAGCACGGCAACGCGGGCCACCCCGGCGUGAUCGUCAAGCCCGAGGACGGCGCCUACGUGAUCUAUACCUCGGGCACCACCGGCCGGCCCAAGGGCGUGGAUGUGAGACACGAGGGCGUUACCAACACCCUUCUAGCGGAGCCGUCGAAGCUGGGCAUCCGUGUGGGAAAGAACGUGGCGCAACAGUUGAACGUCGGUUUCGAUAUGUGCGCAUGGGAGAUUCUGGGAACAAUGAUGAACGGCGGAACCCUGCACAUCAGGGGCAGCGGCAACGACCUCUGGACGGACUGCUUGCAGCGCGUCGACACCGUCAUCGCGACGCCGUCGGUCGUCCUCAAGCACAUGCCCAACCGCGAGGACUUCCCCAACAUCAGAACCAUCGCCGUCGGCGGCGAACCCUGCCCGUUGGCGCUCGCCGAACAGUGGGCGCCCUACAUCAAGUUCUGGAACGUCUGCGGCCCGACCGAGAUCAGCAUCCUCAACACGGCGCACCUCCACAAGCCCGGCAAGACGCUGUCUAUCGGCAAACCCAACCCAAACACCAACGUCUACGUCCUCGACGAGAAUGAGAACCCCGUCCCCAUCGGCCAGCCGGGUGUCAUGUGGGCCGGCGGUCCAGGCGUGUCCAGAGGCUAUCUCAACCUGCCCGAGCUAACCUCUCAGAGAUAUAAGCUGGACAAGUUCACUCAAGACGGUCGUAUGAUGUUCAACACCGGCGACCUGGCCCGCUGGCUGGAGGACGGCAGUCUCGAGCCCCUCGGCCGCAAGGACGACCAGGUCAAGAUCUCUGGUUUCCGCGUCGAGCUCGACGGCGUCUCCCGCGCCAUUGAGAAGCACUCUGCCGUCACCAAGGGCUGCGCGCUCAAGAUCGAGGACCGCCUCUGGGGCUUCUACUCCUCCGCCGCUCCCAUCGACGAGGCCGAGCUCAAGACUAUUGUCGGCGAGGGUCAGCCUUUCUACGCUGUUCCCACGGUCUGGAAGUAUCUCCCCGUCAUCGAGCUCACCCCCAACGGCAAGGUCGACAAGCGCGUGCUCCGCGAUAUCGCUGGCGGUGCUGCUCCUUCUCCCCUUCCGCCCAUUUCCACCUCCAUGUCCACGCCCCAGACUGGCUCCUCCGCCUCCUCCAUCAGGACCGAGGUGGCAUCGCCAACAAAGAGCGAAUCUGGCUGCACGCUCGUCGACUCCCGCAACUUCACCGUCGUUCCCUCCCGUGGAAGCGACCCAGACCUGGAGAAGACCGCCGCCUUCGUGGAGGAAGAGGCCGAGAAGCAGGAAGACUACGAGCUCCCCUCCAAGAACGGCUUCCAUGGCUGGCGCUGGAUCCGCCAUCGCGGUCUGAACGCCUACCGCAAGCUGUUCGGCGUCAUCUUCCUCGCCAACCUCGCCACCUUUGUCUUCCUCCUGUGGGACGCCCGCGAGAACAACUUCUCUCUGCCCCUGAACCACCUCGCCACCGCCGUCGCCGCAAACCUCCUCGGCGCCGUCCUCCUCCGCCAGGACUACGUCGUCAACUUCAUCUUCUGGCUCUGCUCCCGCGUCCCCACCUCCGUGCCGCUCUCCAUCCGCCGCCACUUCGCCCGUGUCUACCACAACGGCGGCGUCCACUCCGGCUGCGCCGUCUCCGCCACCGUCUGGUGGGUCAUCUUCACCGGCGCCGCCACCGGCAACUUCCUCGCCUCGAACCCGCUCCACUCCGUCUCCCUCAUCACCCUAGUCCUCACUUACCUCAUCCUCCUCCUCCUCCUCGCCAUCCUCGUCAUGGCAUACCCCUCCAUCCGCGGCAAGAUGCACGACCAGUUCGAGUGGACGCACCGCUUCGCAGGCUGGUCCGCCCUCGCCCUCGUCUGGGCCCACGUCGUCGCCACCGCCGCCUCCUCCGCCUCGCCCACCGCCCCCCUCGGCGCCACCCUCGCAAAGACGCCCGCCCUCUACCUCGUCGCCCUCACCACUCUCAGCAUUGCCCUCCCCUGGAUGCGCCUCCGCCGCGUCAAGGUCGUCCCGGAGCCCCUCUCCAAGCACGCCGUCCGCCUGCACUUCGACUUCACCACCCCGGGCCCCUGCACCUCGCGCGGCGUGCGCAUCACCGACCGCCCCAUGGUCGAGUGGCACGCCUUCGCCGCGAUCCCCGAGCCCGACGGCCCCGGCUUCUCCAUCGUCGUUUCCAAGGCCGGCGACUGGACCAAGCGCAUCAUCGAGAACCCGCCCACCUCCAUCUGGACCCGCGGCACCCCGGCCUCGGGCGUCCUCGCCGUCGCGCCCCUCUUCAAGAAGAUGGUCCUCGUCGCCACCGGCUCCGGCAUCGGGCCCUGCCUGCCCGUCCUCAUGGAGCGCCGCGUCCCCGCGCGCGUGGUGUGGUCCACCAAGAACCCGCUCAAGACGUACGGCCAGGGCAUCAUGGACACCAUCCUCAAGGCGGACCCGGAUGCGCUCAUCUGGGACACGGACCAGCUCGGCCGGCCCAACCUCGUGCAGCUCGCGUACAAUGUGUACAAGGAGAGCGGCGCCGAGUGCGUUGCCAUCAUCUCGAACGGGCCCACGACGAAUAAGUUUGUGUACCAGAUGGAGAGCAGAGGUAUUCCUGCGUUUGGGCCCAUUUGGGAUUCUUAA